AUGGUCUUUCACGGCAUUCCUCCGGAAGUGGGCGAAACUCUAACUGAUAGAGAACAAAACAUGACUAUUCAUGCACUGAUAGGCAAGAAGAUAGGUACCACACAGGUCUUCCAUGAAGACGGAAGAGCCGAUUGCGUAACUGCCAUUGAGGUUGGUCCUUGCACAGUUACGCAGGUAAAGACCGUUGACAGCGACGGGUAUGAGAGCGUGCAACUCGGCUUUGAGCCGGUCAAGCGCCUGAACAAGCCGCGCGCUGGUCAUCUGAAGCGAAGCGGACAGCAGCUAUUCCGGCAUCUGCGCGAGGUCGGAGUUGACGAUUCGAGCGAUGUCGAAAUUGGACAAACGCUGGAUGCAAGCGUCUUCGAGGCCGGCGAGGCAAUCGAAAUAACGGGCAAGUCCAAGGGGCGUGGUUUCGCGGGAGGCGUGCGGCGGUACAAUUUCCGCGGCGGGCCAAAGACGCACGGUCAGUCGGACCGCCACAGGGCGCCCGGCUCGGUCGGCGCGGGUACCACUCCCGGACGCGUCAUCAAAGGCCUACGUAUGGCAGGACACAUGGGCGACGCCCAGAUAACGCAGCGUGGCCUUGAGGUCGUUCUGGCAGACGCGGAGCGCAACCUGCUGCUGGUAAGGGGCACUGUGCCCGGAGCGCGCAACGGGCUUGUGAUCAUAAGAAAAGCGGGCAAACGUAAGAGGAAGUAG